UAGUCAGAUUUUUUGAAAUGUUGUCGGCAAACGACGUGCCGAUGGUAAUCUGGACAUCAGGCUCGAGAAGCCUGUAAGUUUCACGCUCGGCUUCGCCAAAUCCCUCCGAAUUCCUAAAAGGAACCCUAAUUCAACUGCUCCCGGAAGAAGAAGAAUGCUCUUCAAACGCUUUCCAGUCCGAUGUCCACUGAUAAGGAACGGUCAUCGCCAAUUCAAUCGCCCAAAUCCCAAUAUCCCUUCCCUCCAAGUCUCCUUCUCCACCGAAACUCUGGCAGAAGAACAACCAGACCUCCACGACAGCGUUGGUUCCAUCUUCCGCAUCAUCACCACGUCUUCCUCCCACGACUCCAUGAUCCAAUCCCUGGAAUCCUCCGGAAUUUUGCUCUCCAACGAUUUGAUUGACCGGGUCUUGAAGAGGUUUCGCUUCAGCCACGGGAAUCCCUUCCGAGCCCUUGAAUUCUUCGAAUUCACCGGAAAAAGGAAGGGUUUUUAUCACACCUCCUUCUCCUACGAUACCAUGCUUUAUAUCUUGGGCAGAAGCCGGAGAUUCGAAACGGUCUGGCAAUUGCUGUUUGAAAUGAGGCGAAAAGAUCGCAGCUUGAUCACCACUAGAACAGUUCAGAUAGUUCUCGGCAGGAUUGCCAAGGUUUGCUCGGUCUGGCAGACCGUCAAGAGCUUCCGGAGGUUCCGAAAGCUCUGUGUCGACUUCGAUACCAGUUGCUUCAAUGCUUUGUUGAGGACUCUGUGCCAGGAGAAGAGCAUGACGGAUGCCCGGAAUGUGUACCAUAAUUUGAAGUAUGAGUUCAGGCCUGAUCUCCAGACCUUCAACAUAUUGUUGUCAGGUUGGAAGUCGGUGGAAGAUGCCGAGGGGUUCUUCGAGGAGAUGAUUCAGUUGGGAGUGAUGCCUGAUUUGGUAACAUAUAAUUGUUUGGUUGAUGUUUACUGCAAAAAUCGCCUAGUGGAGAAGGCUCACAAGUUGAUCGAUAAAAUGAGAGAUGAGGAGAUUUACCCAGAUGUGAUUACAUACACCAUUUUGAUUGGUGGGUUGGGAUUGAUGGGUCAGCCCGACAAGGCUAGAGAUGUUUUGAAGGAGAUGAGGGAGCUGGGGUGCUACCCAGAUGUAGCAGCAUAUAAUGCAGCCAUCCGGAACUAUUGCAUUGCAAAGAGGCUUGGAGAUGCUUUUGCUUUGAUGGAGGAGAUGGCAAGCAGAGGGUUGGCUCCAAAUGCGACGAGCUAUAAUCUUUUCUUUCGGUGCUUUUAUUGGGCUAAUGAUUUGGGGAGUGCAUGGAGGUUAUACAAGAGGAUGAGGAGUGAGGGGUGCUUGCCCAACACACAGUCUUGUAUGUUUCUUGUUAAAUUGUUCCGUCGGCAGGAGAAGGUGGCAAUGGCACUUGAGCUUUGGAAUGACAUGAUCGAGAAGGGGUUUGGAUCGUUCACAUUGGUCUCCGAUGUGCUGUUUGAUUUGCUCUGUGAUUCAGGUAAGUUGGACAAUGCUGAGAGGUGUUUCCUUCAGAUGGUUGAGAAGGCGCAGAAGCCAAGUAAUGUUGCAUUUAGGAGGAUUAAGGUUUUGAUGCAGCUGGCUAAUAGGCAUGACUCUUUGAGGAAUUUGUCAGAAAAGAUGGCGAUGUUUGGACGUUUAGCUUCAGCUGAUGAUGAAAGAAUAGGUGAUUCAUCAGAAAUGCAUCCCUCAUUCUGCACCCCUGUUGAAUUGACAACAAAUAUGUAUCUCAAUCAAUGCACUUUACCAUAGGGUCUUUCUUAAAUGGGCAUCAAGUGUUUGGAGGAAUAUCAACUCAAAUAUUUAUGACAGGAUCCACAUUUUCAGUAGGAAGAAUCCGCUCAUCUGUCCAUCUUGUAUGUACUAGAAGGAUUUUGCUAAAUUUGUGGUCUUUGGGAGCAUGGAUGGUUGCUCUUUGUUGUGAUUUGCCUGCAUGGAUUUAUUUGUUGGUAGCCACACUACCGCAUCAAUUUUGCAUUACUCGGUAAAAGGAUGAUCCACACAUGAACUGACUUGUGUUAAAAAGUGAUCUUUCUGGCUCAUACAGGAAAAUGUUGCUUGAGGAAUAUCUUGCAAGCGGCCACAGACAAGCACUCAAAAUGAAGAUCAACAUUGUCCAAGAAGAUUCAGUCAGACAGUCACGAUGAAAAAUUCAAGUAAGAUGAAUGGAUUCAGACGCUUCAAAAAUCACACUGCAUACAAGGCCUCGGAGCCAUUGAUUUCUUUAAAACAGCAAGCCAUUUGUGGGGCAUUCUCAAGCAAAGGAAGGGAUUCCAAGAAGGCAGUUUAUUGGAAGUCGCUACCAUGUGAUAUCUACUUUUGGUCAUUCACCAGCCCUGAUGCCACAUUUUCUAAAGACACAUGCCAUUUUCUAACUUGAACCGAAGCACCUUGAUCUGAUUGACCGUUGUUUGAACAUGUGCAGUGAAAGAUAUUAUUUCUUGAUUUAGAGUUGGGCUGCAUGGUUGGGCCUAUAUUAGCAAAUGGUUCUAUCUUAGCGAUUUGGUGAUUUCAUGUUCUUCUAUUUAAUUCCAAAAUAAAUUACAGCGAUUGAA